AUGGAAAGUGGAUCUUCCAACAACAGAGGUAAAAAGUACUGCGCCCGAGGUCUUGAGGGCCACACCAAAACCGGUGCCAUCAGCAAAAACAAGAACCGAGCCUCCGCACGCGCAGCAGUUCUUAUGGAACAAUCCAAGCAAUGGAUGAGAAACGAAGUCGACGAGCAAGCCAUUGCAGAUGCUUACAUCAGGGCAUCUACCAGCUCUCAAGAGUGGGCCCAAGACGUUGGCAAACAUGAUGAAGAUGCCGCCCAUGACAUCUACUACAUGGAAGAGGAGGACGGCCUCUAUGCGACUAAUGCUGCGUUCUCCCUAAAAUCCGAAGGUGCCAAUGUCUCAAGUUUUGAGGAACGAAGAAUGGACCAAGUAGAAAGGCCAAGUGGCUUUCACCAACAGCCCUGGGCAAUGGCCGCUUGA